AUGUCAAAGAUUGAAGAGAUUGACCCCCGUGUUAAAGCAUACUUAUACAAUAUUGGCUAUCAUAGAUGGUCUCGAGUACAUGCUAAGCUGAACAGAACUUGGACUAUGACAUCAAACAUUGCAGAGUCGUUGAAUGCUGUAACAAAAUAUGUGAGGGCUUCAACAGACUACAUCCAUACAGUACUAGAUGAUGUGAGGCGCUAUAUUCUUGAUGAACUUCCUUGUCCACAUGCUUUGGCUGCUUUAAGACACAGGGAUGAGUCUUCUGAACAAUAUUGUUCUCCUUAUUACACAAGGGAGAACCUUUUGCGUACUUAUGAAAUACCAGUAAAUUCCCUUCAUGAUGAAAGCAAAUGGAAUGUGCCACAACAUAUAUCUGAAGAAGUAGUAAAUCCACCUACAGGAGGGAAAAGGCAUCCAGGAAGACCUCAAAAAUAA